CGGUGAUGACGUCAGAGCGGAGCGCCGCCGAGGAGACUUGCGGUGUGUUUUGUUUAUCUCUCGGACCGGGUCGGACCGGGACUGUCUCCCCCCCCUCCCCGGGCCAGGAUGUCCCGUCUGCGGCUGCUGAGGAGGCUGGUGGCGGAGAGGCUGCAGGAGGCGGUGGAGGAGAUCCUGGGGCUGGUGGAGGGCGUCAUGGCGGAGUACGAGGAGGAGCUGCACCACAAGUACGGAGCGAGCCGGACCGGGGAGGCUCCGCGGGGCCCCGCGGACCCGGGGCCGGCCCGGCACGACCCAGGUCCGGUCCGACACGACCCAGAUGUGGAGCAGCUGGAGGAAGUUCCCGUCAUCAAGCAGGAGCAGGAGGAGGAGGAGGAGCAGGAGGAGGAGGAGGAGCAGGAGGAGCAGGAGGAGGCGGCCUGGAUCGCUCCUCUGGAGGCUGAGCUGGACCCCAGAGAGAUGAAGGCGGAGGAGCCUGAGGAGGCUCUGAAGGUGGAGUGGAAUGAGGAGGACGUCCAGCCAGGCACUUCCUGUGAGGGGAUGGAUGCACCUCCUCCACCUCCUCCUCCUCCUCCUCCACUACCAAACCUUCCCGCCUCCUCUCAGGGUGACGCCGCCGUUGGCUCCUCCCCCUGCUGUAAGGUCUGUAAGAUGCUGUUCCGUUACAGCCGCUCCCUGACGACGCACGCCCGCCUCCACGCCGAUGACGCGCUGUGCGUGUGCGGCGUGUGCGGCGAGCGGCAGCCGGACAAACGGGCGCUGCUGCAGCACCUGGACGCGCACGUCAAGAGCCACGUCUGCAGCUUCUGCAGCAAAAGCUUCCGGCGGCUGGUGGAGCUGAAGGUGCACACGCGCUGCCACACGGGGGAGAAGCCCUUCAGCUGCAGCGUGUGCGGGAAAGGCUUCAGCCGCAAGGGCAACAUGGAGAUCCACAUGAGGACGCACACGGGCGAGAAGCCGCACCGCUGCGGCGUCUGUGGGAAGGGCUUCAGGAUCACCUCGGCCAUGGUCCGCCACUCCAGGACGCACUCGGGCGUCAGGCCCUACAGCUGCCACGUCUGCCUCAAGGGCUUCGUCUCCAGCUCCGACAUGAAGGUCCACCUGAGGACGCACACCGGCGAGAAGCCCUACGUCUGCCCCGUGUGUGGGAGGAGCUUCGCGCUCAGCACGCCGCUCAAGCACCACCUGAGGCGCCACACGGAGGACGGACGCUGCACUGCAGCACGCGCUCCGGCCACGUCCACGUCCACGCGCUGCGACGCCACCUGAAGACUCUCGGUCCUGAGUCCUGGUCCAGAAAACCAGGACGUGUUCAGGUUAAACCGUGAACGGAUCAGCUGUGUGAGGACAUCUGAUAAAUAAAACCUGAGUCCUGGUCCAGAAAACCAGGACUCAGGACUGAAUCCCGACGCUUUUAUUCAAGACGUUCA